CUUCAAUUUGCAUCGAUCAACAUCAUCUUUUAUUCAAUUCAAACGAAACAAUCAAACCAUUCGUGCCAACUCGCCUUCAAUAUUCAAGAGGUUCCGCCUUGUUCGCUAUCGAACAUGAAUUUCUCCGCGGAUGUUUUAACCAACAUAAUCAUCAACACCUACUUCUUGUCCACCCGGUGCAUAAUCAUCUUCACCGACCGCCCGAGCGGCUUCAACCACGCUUUCCCGAUACCGGUAGUCCAGAUUAACGCGGAGAACUCCGACGUGCGCCCGGAAAUCUUCCUCAACAGGUUCGGAUGCCAGGGGAUAGUCAUCGAUCACCGGCAGCCGCUCGCCGUUUUCCAGCGCUUCGAAUGGGAAAUCAGGCGCAGCUUGGAGCGCUUCAACCGCCGGAAAUUCCUCGUUUCUUCCGGCGCGAAGAACGCGAUGAGCGUAUUCGAUUCCGAGGAACUGAAUUUCGUGGCGGAUUUGGUGGUUGUGGAAUCGGAGGAGGAUUCGUGCAAGUUGUGGACCCAUCGGUAUGUCGGGGUGGAUGGGAACUCGCAGAAGCGGCUGUUGGAUGUUUGGUUCCCGAGGAAUCGGUCUUUUUUGCGCGGGGCCGAUUUGUAUCCGAACAAGCUGGUAGAUCAAAUGGGUAGAUCGUUGAAAUUGGCGACUUUCCAGUACGAACCGUCCUCUGUUAUUGAUAUCGAAAACCAAGUGUUUAAAGGCUCCGAAUUAUCGACAAUGUGCGAAUUUGCCAGGCACUUCAAUAUGACGCCCGGCUUGGUCAUAAAUUCGGAGGACUUUUGGGGAUCGAUUUACGAGAAUUGGACGGGAAACGGUUUGAUCGGGAAUAUUCUCUACGAUAAAGCGGAUUUUGGAUUCGAUGGUCUUUACGCAUGGGAAGAUCAUUAUCAUUAUUUAGAUCUGUCGUCGCCGUUUAUUCGUACUGGAAUUACCUGCCUAUGUCCAGCUCCUAGAUUGGCGGACGGCUGGUUAACACCAAUUUAUUCCUUUUCUAAAAAAAUGUGGUGUUUCGUCGCAUCCGCCUUUUUCUCCUCGAUUUGCGCUCAUUUUUUCCUCUUCUACGCGAAAACGAAUGUUCUCGAUUCAAGGUUUGUACGAAGUACUGCAUAUAAAACAUCACAAAACCUAAUUUUCUCGAUCGAUAUCCAGUUCAUCUAGUAGGAGACCGAGCGCCCCGACUUUACUCAGAAACUCCUCUCUGGCCGUUUUCAAGCUAUUCGUGCUCCAAAUCGUGAAGAAGGCCGAAAUCCCGCCGGGUGCAGUCGGGACGCUCUUCAUGGGAAUCCUCUUCGUCUUCGGGCUGUUCCUGACGGCCUCCUACAGCAGCGGCUUGGCCUCCGUGAUGACGAUUCCCACCUACGAGGACGCCGUCGACACCGUGGAUGAGAUUAUCGAGCACGGCAUGCGGUGGAUGGGAGAGCACGAGGUGUGGCUGAACUCCCUGGUGCACGCCGAUCACCCGAAGUACAAAGCCCUGGUGGAGCUCUUCGUCGCGGUGCCUUCCGACGAGGAAAUGAUCGAGUAUUCGAGGGCUUUGAAAUACGCAUUCGUUAUUGAACGCCUGCCUAAUCGUAAAUGAGCUGAUGAGAGUUAUCGUUUUGGGCUUCUUGUAUUUUUUUACAAUUUAAAUGCACUGUUAGAUGAUUUUUGUUUUUCUGAAAGAAGCACCUGUAAUCAGUUUCGAUAGAACCUGUUUUUUGUUUCACGUGAAUUUAACAGCACUAUGAGUUAAUAGUACAAGAAAAUUCCUGCAUUAAAAAAUUAUUAGUUCAAAUUUUCAGACAAUUACGCCAUCGAACCCUACAUCAAACGAGACAUAAUAGAAAAUUACGUGUUAAUGAAGGACGAUUUGUAUUGGGAGCAAUACGUGAUAAUGGGCCGGAAAAGUUCCAUUUUAUUACCGCAGCUGAACCAGUUCCUUUCUCGCACCUUCGAAGCAGGACUAAUAUCUUACUGGCAAAGCGAGGUAAGAGUAAGAACAUAUAGCAAGUUCACGUUAACAUGACGAUGACGUCACAAUCUUGAAAUAUCGAAUGAACUAUAUGGAAUAUUAAUCACCUCGUACUCCGGUGCAUAUAGUAUGUUCAAUAAUUUUCCUCAUGACGUCACUUCUUCAUAUUAAUGAAGA